AUGGAGAAGCCUCUGCAGAAGCCCCCUGCCGACACACCGCGGACAGCCACCCCGGGGACUCGAGGCGGGCAGAUGACGGAAAAUAAGCCGCGUUCUCUGCCUGCUGUCCUCACCCCAGCAGCCUUGCUGUUCCUUGGUACCCCAGGCAUGCUCCCACCCCAGGACCUCUGCAUACACUCCUGCAAGGAACAGUCUUUCCCCCAGAUGGAGGCAGCAUCGUGUGACAGGACUUUCAGGAUCCAGCAAUGGGACACACGCAGACACGACUUCCUGGAGUCGGCUCCGGGCCUGGGAAUGUUUGUGACUGUUACAACCUACAAUGAUGAGGUGUUAUUGUCCAAGUUAUAUGGCCCACAAGGAACAUUCUAUUUUACUUCACAUUCACCUGGCGAACACAUCAUUUGCUUGGAAUCUAACUCUACAAGGCUUGUGUCAUUUGGAGGGAGUAAGCUGCGGAUUCACUUAGAGAUCCGAGUUGGACAACACGACCUUGAUGCAGCCGCUGCUCAAGCGAAGGACAAAGUUAAUGAAGUUAGCUUCAAGCUGGAACGUCUAAUUGAGCAAAUUGAGCAAAUAGUCAAAGAACAAAACUAUCAAAGGGACCGUGAAGAAAAUUUUCGAACGACCAGCGAAGAUACAAACGGCAACGUGUUACGGUGGGCUUUUGCACAAACACUAAUCUUCAUCGCAACUGGAAUUUUCCAAAUGAAACACCUUAAAGACUUCUUUAUAGCUAAGAAACUUGUUUAAGAUGUUAACAAAGAAAAC